GUCGCUUUUCAAAUUGAUGAUGUCAGAUUUUAAGGAUAUUGGCUAGUUUUUUAGAUAAUGACCGUCCGCGAAGUAUGGACACAUGCGAAGUUUGGACUCACUGCCAUAUAAAGAAAUCAAGCAUUUAGCCUAGGCCCCCGGCAACGCCACGGCAUGCCACGUUUAGUUAGGGCAAGGCCUAACGUAGUCUAUCUACCUCAGUGAUGUUCGUGUAGACUUCACUCCACUUCACUACCGCUACACUAUGCUCCACCUACCCGAACAUCAAGGUCCAAAACUCGCUCUGAUACUCCGAGUGGCAAAGAUGGGACAAACUGCAUAUUUAUUAUAUCGCUCUAAUGAUCAUUAAACCUUGAUCAUCAUGCCUGGAUUCCAGAGAAUGACUAGCCCUGCUGGCCAAUGGCCUGAAAACGUUGGCAUUGUUGCCUUAGAAAUCUACUUCCCCUCCCAGUAUGUAGACCAGACAGAACUGGAGAAGUUUGAUGGGGCCUCGGCCGGCAAGUACACCAUAGGCUUGGGCCAGGGUAAGAUGGGAUUCUGCUCUGAUCGGGAAGAUAUCAACUCCCUCUGUUUGACAGUUGUCCAGAACUUGAUGGAAAAUAAUCAGCUUCCCUUUGAUGCCAUUGGUAGACUGGAGGUUGGCACUGAGACGAUUAUUGACAAGUCAAAGAGCGUGAAGACAGUACUGAUGCAGUUAUUUGAAGAUUCUGGUAAUACUGACAUUGAAGGAAUUGAUACAACCAAUGCUUGCUACGGAGGCACUGCUGCUCUCUUUAAUGCUCUUUCAUGGGUAGAAUCUAGUGCUUGGGAUGGACGGUAUGCCCUUGUGGUGGCAGGUGAUAUUGCUGUUUAUGCUACUGGCAAUGCUAGACCUACAGGGGGUGCUGGAGCUGUAGCCAUGCUUGUUGGUCCUCAUGCUCCGCUUGUCAUUGAAAGAGGUCUUCGAAGCACACACAUGCAGCAUGUAUAUGAUUUCUACAAACCUGACAUGUCUUCUGAAUACCCUCGUGUGGACGGCAAGCUGUCUAUCCAGUGCUAUCUCGGUGCUCUAGACAAGUGCUAUCACCGUUAUAUUGCAAAGGCAGAGGCUGCCCUCCAGAAGGUUGGUGAAGCAGGAAGGAUAACGAUAGAUUCCUUUGAUGGAAUUUGCUUCCAUUCACCAUUCUGCAAACUAGUCCAGAAGUCUCUAGCCAGGCUUGUACUCAAUGACUUCCUUAGGGAUCCUUCACCUGAUACCACAGAGGGCAGCAGAUAUGCAAAUGUAGAAGAGUUUAGGAAUGUGAAAUUAGAAGACACCUUCUUUGACAAGAAUGUUGAGAAGGCAUUCAUGACAGCAAGCAAGGAGGUGUUUCAUCAAAAUACCCAACCAUCCCUUCGUCUAGCUAAUCAAGUAGGUAACAUGUACACCCCGUCACUCUAUGGUGGUCUCGUCUCCUACUUGGCAAGCGUACCUCUUGACCAACUUCCAAACAAGCGUAUUGCCUUGUUCUCCUACGGUUCCGGCAUGGCCUCAUCGCUCUACUCCAUACGUGUAGGCAACGAUGCAAGCCCUGGCUCUGCCCUAGCCAAGAUGAGGAACAGUCUGAACACCCUUGAGACUAGGUUAGAGAGUAGACGAUGCGUGGAACCAGGAGUCUUUGCAGACACCAUGAAGCUCAGGGAAGAUACACAUCAUUUAGCUAAAUACAAUCCCCAGGGCAGUAUAGAGGAUUUAUUCCCAGGCACAUGGUACCUGACAUAUGUAGAUGAGAUGCACAGGAGACAGUAUAACCGUAGCCCAAUCUCACAGCAAGCUGUAGAUAAUCAACAGAUCAUCCAGGAGACACUAAAGGAAUCAAAAUCAGUGGAGGAUAUGGAGACUGCUGACCAGGUCACAGUAAGCUAGGUCAAAACUCCUGGGAAACGAGCAAAACCUGUUGCAAGGAGACACAUGACGGUAUUCAAGUACAAUAUCUGAUCAGCUCCUCCAACCAAAGCUCAAUAUAAAUUUGUCUCAAGUAAAAAUGUUUUGUGCACCCUUGUCGCAAUGUAUCAAUGGCGAUGGAAUGUAUAAUCAUCACCUUUAUUUAUAGUUGUUCCUUCUGGUUCCAGGCUCUUCAAUUAUGCAAUACUGAUUCUCAAGGCACAAAAAAAUCCCUUGAUUUUGACAGGGACAUGUCAAUCACUUCUGUAUAAAUGUUUUGUGGACUGCCAUUUUAUUUGUUUGGCAAAAUUAUUUUAGAUUGUUCCACUUCAGUAUUAUGUAAGGCCACAUUACAUGGAAGAUCUUUCUAUCCUUAUUUAGGCUUGUAAUGACAUUAGUGCCAAUAGAGAUGUAAAUAAUAAUGUUCUUCUUCGCAGGUUGUGAUUAAUGUACACAUAUAAAGGCUUUUUAUUGUAAUCAGUGUCAUGUAAUUAAAGUACUUGUCAGUACAUAAUUAGUGUACACAUUCUGCUCCCUUGGUUGGAAGUUUGAAUUGGAGUUAUCAUCACUGAGAAAUUCUGCAUAAGAUGAGGGUCAAGAACAUAAGAUACAGGACUGAAGAAAAGAUCUUCCAUCAAUUUAAAAUUCUUUUGAGAUGAGGCUGUAAUUAUGUCUUCUUUGAUGAUAAAUAUCAAAUCUGUUUUUAGAAUGGUAAAAUUUGUAAAUGUGAAUUGUUGCAGAGUAAACUAGUAGAUGAAUUGAUCUUGUAUUAGAAGCUGUAUCACAUGUUAAAAAAGAGGAAAAUAAAUCAUGAGAAGAAUUAUUGUCGUUUGUUAACCAACAUUACAGGGUCGCAUUAACUUUGAAGAUCCAGAUUUAUGUUUUUCCAACAAUAUUAAAAAUAUAUAUGUAUUCCUAUUGCCACCACUAAUGUUACUCCAUUAGAGGUUGCAAAAGUAUAGAAUAUUUUUGUGGAUUUGGUUAUAAAACCUUUAAACUGAUAUUUGUGAAAAUUUUGUUUCAUAAUGUUUUACUUAUAGUUGUAACUGCCGACACAUUAAUUAUGGCAGCUAUAUUAUAGCAAUGCAUUUUGUUUAUCUUAGGUAGCCACAGAUUUGAUCAUCAUAUGGUUUGUGCAGACCAAAAAAAAGAGAUAUCAAAUGUGUUGAUAUAUCAAGAUAUAUGAUAUGAACAUAUCCGAUGUGUUAUAACAGUGUAGUCCACCAAGUGAAACUACAAUAUGAUAAUUGUAGUGAGAAUAAUGAUGUAUAUGAUCAUAUAUGGAUUUUCUAUCAGAUGAAUUCGAAUGAGGAUAUACCCCUUUUUAUUCAUUGAUUUGCUGAAUGGUAGGUAGCUGAAAGACAUUCCCAUUUAUUGAUGGACAAACUUGUAUGUUCUUUGUUUGAUUCCAGUAAUGACUAUACAUGUACAUGUUCUAGGUGCUUGUUGUUUAGACAUGUUCACUGUUUGCAUGAUAUUUAGGGGCAGAACCUUAUAAGAUAAAAAAUCCAUAAUUUAUUGUUCGAAAUAGACAUGAAAUGAAAUACUCCGAAAAAUUGCUUUGCCCAAUUGAUCGUGGGUCCCGCAGCCACUGCAGCACCAGAUCGAUGAGGCUCUAUCCCUUUUAUUGUUGAAUGCCAAACAGGGUAGCAGCAACUCCCAUCUUUUAACGUCUUUUGGUCUGAUGCGGCCGGGGUUUGAACCCCCGACCUCCCGGUUGUGACGCUCUAGCAAACACACCUGUGUUAAAAGGUCUGAAUAAUUAGUGGACCAACAUAAACUAUCUGUUUCAAGUUGAUAUGUAAGAAUAUGUGAAAAACUUGUCCAGUUGUCGUUUUACUUCAUCCCCCCCCCCCCACAAAAAAAAAAAGAUUUUUUUUUUCUCACUAAGUCUACCUCAAAUUCUGAUGUAUCAGAGUAUAACUCUAGUUCCAAAUACUUAAAAAAAAAAAAAAGUUGUCUUGCCUUCAUAGCAGAGCAAGAAAUGCCAUCAUAACUUAGAAAAUAUAUGGACUUAGAUCAUGAAACUUGGACAUAUUAAAGGGUAAUCAAGUAUUACUGAACUUCCUACCUGAGUUUCAGGUCACAUGACCAAGGUCAAAGGUCACUUAGGGUCAAUGAGCGUAGACCAUAUUGGGGGAAUCAACAUCAAAAUCAUAGCCAAGGUUAAUUAUUGAAAUAUCGUCAUGACUAAGAAUGUAUAUGGACCUAGUUCAUGAAACUUAGACAUAAGGGUGAUGGUGUAUCACUUAAGAUCCUUCCUGAGUUUCAGGUCACAUGACCAAGGUCAAAGGUCACUUAGGGUCAAGAAACUUUGGCCAUGUUGGGGGUAUUUGUGGAAUUGUUAUAACUUAAUUUUUUUUGGAUCUAGUUGAUGAAACUUCGACAUAAGACCAAUCAAGUAUCCCUAAACAUCCUGUGCAAGUUCUAGUUCACAUGACCAAGGUUAAAGAUCAUUUAGAGUCAACGAACUUUGGUAAUGUUGGGGAUAUUUGUGGAAUCUUCAUCAUAACUUUGAAAGUUUAUAGAUCUAAUUCAUGAAGCUUAGACAUAAGGGCAACCAUGUAUCCCUGAAUAUCCUGUGCGCAUUUCAGGUCACAUGACCAAGAUCAAAGGUCAUUUAGGGUCAACAAACUUGGGUAAUUUUUAGGGUAUUUGUUGAAUUGGCAUCAUAACUUUGGAAGUUUAUGGAUCUAGACCACGAAACAGAGACUUACGGGUAAUCAAUUAUGAAUAAUGAAUGUUUUGCACAUGUCUUAGAUAACAUGAUCAUGGUCGAAGGUCAUUUUGGGUCAAUUGACAUAGCAUUUUAUUAUCAUAUGAAUGUUUUCUUAUGUGAAUAAUUAUUCAAUAGCUGUUUUCAAAAUCAGCACUCCUGCUAUAUUGAAUCGCGUAAUGCAGGCGAGACUGCCAGAGGCGCUCUACUUGGUGAUUUUUUUAGGAUUUAAACCGAAUUUCUGUAUUGGCAGUGUACUGCAUGUUUUUUCACUCACCUUCAUGUAUGUAGUACAUGUAAACUUGCUUCAAUGACUGCCAGUGUAGAAGGAUAUAAACCUGUCUAUAAAGACAACAAUGUCUGUGAAUAUAAUUCCCAUUGUAACAUGUAUUAAAGGAAUCUAUUUCCUGUGAAUAUGAUAAGCCAGUUUCUAGUUCCACUUUGUGCAUGAUCAGAGGAAAGUCAUUGGUACGAAAGUGACAUGGUGGUUAAAAUUUAAUGAGAUAAGCACUAACUUUGACGUCUUGAUUAUUCAAAUAUUCUUUUGAAUUGUGUUUUUCAUUUACAUCCACAAAAAACAACGAUGCGCUCACGAACGAAUGGUAUUUCUCAGUUUGCCAAGUACAUUGUACAACAUGCUAUAAUAUGCAUUCAAAGUAGAAAAUCUAGAAAUGCAACAAAUACCUUCACAGAGUGUUCAUUGAUAUGCUAUUCUAGUCACCUGGUCUAUUCAAUUUCUUCAUCCUGCUAUGUAAGGCAUGCUUAUGUAACAUCUUGCUUUAAAAUCUGCCUUUCAUAAUGAAAGAAAUGAAAGGUCAUUUGACCAAAAUUGUCCAUGAAGUAACCAUGAACUGGUCUAUUCCCAUUGUGAUAUGUAUUUAAAGGAACCUGUUCAAUUUAGGGUUUCCUGUGAAUAUAUUUCCCAUUGUAACAUGUAUUAAAGGAACCUGUUCAAUUAGGGUUUCCUGUGAAUAUAUUUCCCAUUGUAGCAUGUAUUAAAGGAACCUGUUCAAUUAGGGUUUCCUGUGAAUAUAUUUCCCGUUGUAACAUGUAUUUAAAGGAACCUGUUCAAUUAGGGUUUCCUGUGAAUAUAUUUCCUGUUGUAACAUGUAUUUAAAGGAACCUGUUCAAUUAGGGUUUCCUGUGAAUAUAUUUCCCGUUGUAACAUGUAUUUAAAGGAACCUGUUCUAUUAGGGUUUCCUGUGAAUAUAUUUUCCGUUGUAACAUGUAUUAAAGGAACCUGUUCAAUUAGGGUUUCCUGUGAAUAUAUUUCCCGUUGUAACAAGGAACCUGUACUUAACAGCCACCUGCUAAUAUCUUGUUUCUCACAAAGUAGUCUUUAUAUACAGGUUUCACAUACAUGUACAUGUUAAUGUUUUGCUCAAUAUUCAGGGCCUAUAUCAUAGUGUCUUUUAGUUCAAAUAAUUUGCCUUUUUUAAUUCACCCCCUACAUUAGAUUUAUAAAUGAAUUCUCCUUAUAUUCUGUAAUCUGUAAUCUUUAUACUGAAUUUGCUUGAUCUUCGCGUGCAUUGAGAAGGAGAUAUAUUGAAAUAAAAAAUUUGUUUGUAUGCAAUGUUAUGCAAUAUAUUUAAUAUAGGAUGAAUCAAAGAUAUAAACAAACAUGAAUAUACAGGGCCUGUUGGAAGAGCAUUUUUUUAUCUGAAGUGGCUACCCUGGGUAAAAAAAACCAUUAGUAAUAUGAAAAAUACAAAACAAAGAUUUUUUUGGUUGACAUCGUGGUCACAAAAGGCGAUACACCUUGGCAUAAUUUUACAAUGAAAAUGUUUUACAUUAUUUCUUCACCUUAGACAUGUAAUUUGAAUGGUUAUAAAAAGAUCUAAAUUAUUUGGAUUUCAUAAAUCUCUAAAGUAUGUUAAAAUGUUUGAUACAUGAACAAAGAUAAAGUAGAAUGCUCUGCCUUGCAUGCGGAGUAAUUUUAUAUUAUUCAUGCAUAAUAUGCAUAUUCAUGUAAGCACUAAAUAUAUUUUCUUUUGUGAAUGAAAUGCUGCAAGAUAUGUUUUGUCUUGGAUAAAAUUUGUAUUGUUUAUAUACUGCAUCUGAAUGUAUAUGAGCUUCAUCGAUAUGUCGUAAUAUAUGUGCACCAUUGCCAUGCCAAUAUAUCUGUCAGCUAUCUCAUGUAGAGUGUGCUGCUAAACUGCAAACACAACUGAAAAUAUAUUCAAGAUGUAUUCUUGUGCAAAUUGCAGCUUUGGGCUCAUCUAUACAGAAACGCCACAAAUUACUGAUUUUUUUUUAACUGCAAGUUUGGUGUAUGUUUGCAUUUUCUAUGUCAAAAAUAAAAAAGUAUACAAGUAACUGUUUUCAAGGGGGAGCAUGUCUCUCCCCCUUAAUAAUUAUGAAUUUCAUUGUAAUACUGAUUAUAUUGUGUAUAUCUUCCCAAAUAAAAAGGAGUAUGAUAAUGAGUAGAA